CGUCUGAAGCUUAGGAGCUUUUAGACUGAAGCACCAACGGAAUGACACGGUGCUGGUUAAAACAUGGGUGACACGGUAGAGAAAAGUUCUGAAGAGCCUCUGGUCUCUUUGGACAAUGACUGUUCCAGGAAGAUGGGGGACCUUGUGGAAGUCUCGAAUGGUGAAAAGGUCAAGUUUGAUGACACUGGGCUCUCUAUGGUUCUUCAGAAUGGUCUGGAGAACCUCCGGCUGGAAAACUCUCUCACAGAUGUAAUCUUGUGUGUGGACAGCAUAGAAUUCUCUUGCCACCGUGUGGUCCUUGCUGCCGCAAGUAACUAUUUCAGAGCCAUGUUUUGCAAUGAUUUAAAAGAGAAGUAUGAAGAAAAAAUCAUAAUUAAAGGAGUUGAUGCAGAGACCAUGCAAAUACUCUUGGACUAUACUUACACCAGCAAGGUGUUGAUCACAAAGCAAAAUGUACAGAAAGUCUUGGAAGCAGCCAGCCUUUUCCAGUUUCUGCGGAUGGUAGAUGCAUGUGCCAGUUUUCUCACUGAAGCCCUCCAACCGGAAAACUGUGUUGGGAUUCUGAGGUUGGCUGAUGCCCAUUCUCUAGAUAGCCUGAAGAUGCAUGUCCAGAACUACAUUAUCCAGAACUUCACUCAAGUGCUAAACUAUGAAGAGUUCCUGGAGCUCCCAGCUGAUGUUCUCUACAACACACUAAAGAGUGAUGACCUCUACGUCACUGAGGAGGCACAGGUAUUUGAGACAGUGAUGAACUGGAUUCGUUACAAAGAGUCUGAAAGGUUCCCUCUUCUGCCCUUUGUUCUUGAGCAUGUGCGGCUACCGCUUUUGGAUCCCUGGUAUUUUGUAGAGACUGUUGAAGCUGAUCAACUUAUCAGGCAGUCUCCUGAUGUCUUCCCUCUGCUUCAAGAAGCAAGGAUGUACCAUCUGUCAGGCAAUGAGAUUAUUACAGAAAGAACAAAGCCCAGGAUGCAUGAGUUCCAGUCUGAGGUGUUUAUGAUCAUUGGCGGUUGCACAAAAGAUGAAAAGUUUGUAGCAGAAGUGACUUGCCUGGACCCCUUGAGGCGCAGCCGUUUGGAAGUGGCAAAAUUACCAAUCACAGAACAGGAAACAGAGAAUGAGAAUAAAAAAUGGGUGGAGUUUGCAUGUGUUACAUUAAAAAAUGAAGUCUACAUAUCAGGUGGGAAAGAAACUCAACAUGAUGUCUGGAAAUAUAAUUCCUCCAUCAAUAAAUGGAUACAAAUUGAAUAUCUCAAUGUUGGACGGUGGAGGCACAAAAUGGCUGUGUUAGGUGGCAAAGUCUAUGUGAUUGGAGGUUUUGAUGGCAUGCAGAGAAUCAACAGUGUAGAAACAUAUGAUCCUUUCCAUAACUGUUGGUCAGAGGCAGCUCCACUCACAGUCAAUGUGAGCUCAUUUGCUUCCAGCAGCUACAAGAAGAAACUCUAUGUGAUUGGGGGAGGACCUAAUGGAAAACUGGCUACAGACAAAACACAGUGCUAUGACCCUACUACAAACACAUGGAGCCUGAAAGCAUCCAUGCCAGUUGAAGCAAAAUGCAUUAAUGCUGCAAGUUUCCGUGACCACAUCUAUGUCGUGGGUGGGGCAAUGAAAGCGCUAUACUCAUACAGCCCACUUGAAGACACAUGGUGUCUAGUGACUCAGUUCACCCAUGAGAGAGCAAGUUGUGGGAUUUCCCCUUGCAACAACAAGUUGUUCAUCACGGGGGGCCGAGAUGAGAAAAAUGAAGUCAUUGCCACAGUGCUGUGCUGGGACCCCGAGACACAGAAGUUAACAGAGGAGUGUGUCCUGCCCCGUGGCGUAUCCCAUCAUGGCAGUGUCACCCUCAGGAAGUCCUACACGCACAUCCGCAGGAUAGUGCCUGGGGCAGUGUCUGUGUGACUUCAGGAGAGGCUGAGGAAAGAGACUGGAGAACCACAGGUAAAAUCCAAAUACCUCAUAUUUCACACAGAGACAAUGACAAGUAGACAGCAAUUGAGAGACUGUUUGACAUGCAGGUGGUGAUGGAUGGAACCACUGCUACCACGGUCCUUUCAGGAAAUAGCUGUAUAUGUGCUCAACUUCCUAUUUUCCCCUGUACAGUAUAUCCUUAAAUUAUCCUUAUCCCCACCAUGCCCUAAGAGAUGGGACAAUCUGGAGUUCUCUCCUGCAUACAGUAUCUGUCGUCACCCAUAGAAAUAUCAUUUGUAGGUGGGACACAUUUCCUAAUCGUCUCUUACACUGCAGGUAGGACAGUCAGGACAAAUUCUGGCCCAGCCCUUCCCUAAGUUUGUAAACUAUUUAUUACUGUUAGUAUCAAACUUGCUGGCCUUGCAGCACACCCUACCGAAAAGGAGAAGUUAGUUUUGGAAUGGAAGCUUUGCAUCACUGGUGAAACUCACGCAAUUUCCUUGUAAGUUAAACGUCUCAGUGGGUGACACAGUAGCUGCAGUUAAAAGACAGCUUUUUUAGUUAAUGUGCUUUCAUUUUACAUCACCUAACUCAUCACAGCUGGCGUUUCUUCUGACAUCCCCAGCAGGGACUUUGAAGACCAGGGAAUAGAGCCUAAUUCUCUUACCCUUACAGAAGGACAAACUCUAAUUCAUUCCACUUUAAGUUUAUUUGAACUGUUUUUCAAUAAAAAUGACUAAAAAACCUUUUGCCUUUGGUUGUAUUCUGGAUCUGUUUGCUUUUCUAUCUAAAAGAAAGCUUCAUAUAUUAACAUGUAACCAACCAUGCAGGUUCCUAACACUCCAUGGGACAACCUUCCACUUCCCUCAAAAGCCUGACAAACCUAGAAAUGGAGGCAGUAUAAUAGCAGAUGAAUGGAGGGGACUGAAGGGAGCUUGGAAUAGUUAUGCUGCCUCCCUAACAUGGCUGCUUUUCUAUGUUAUGUGACACUGGCACAACUGUGCCCAGCAGAAGGGAUCAAGCUGGCACCUACCAAGCUUUCAUGAGAGGACACUGCUGGUAGUGCAUUUUCCAGUGAGGGUGAUCACUUCUAUAAUUAGCUCCAUGCCUCUCUCCAACUGAGUCUGCAUUUGUCAAGAUUCAGGACAACUGUUGCUGGUAUUCAGUGAAGCUAUUUGUUUUUCUUGGGCUAUUGUACUUGCUCUGGAGAUUACUGGUCAGGCAGGCUGGCUGGCUGUAUUCAAUUCUGUUUGGGGAAUUAUCCCUAUUCUCCUAUUUAAAUUCAAAUGUACUGGAUCACCUCUAGAAUAGUAGGUCCCAAGGACCCAUAUGUAUUGGGUCUGGAGUACUGCAGUGGGAGGAAGUAAAAACUCGGAGAAAAAAAAAUUGUUGCUGUCUUUGAAUGCAAAAUUAUUCCCCCUCCCCCCUCUAUGUUAGUCUCUUAUCCUUUCUCUCCUGGCAAGGACUCCUCCUCCCCGCUCCUCCUCCAUCCUCUUCACUAAGUCUUCUGUUUUUUGCAGUUCACAGACUUCCUCGUCUUCCCUCAUAAACCCUAAUCUUUGCACUACUAUUUAUUCUCAGCAUCACCCAAGAAGACAGAGUAGGGACCACAGUAACUGGGCUCAGAGCAAGCUCUUCUCUUCUCCCUUGUGCAGGCUGUGGAGGCAGGGUGAUUAGAGGGGAUACGCAAUGAUGCUCAUUUGUGUGAGGUAUUCUUCAGGGGCAGGAAGGAUGCAGGGAGAUGGCAGGGACAAAGGCAGUGUUCUCCUGCCCUGGCUGGGAAGUAAGGGAAGGGAGCCACGUCCCCAACUGCUAUCUACCCCUUUCACUGCACCUAUAGUAUAACCUUCUAAAUGGAUGGUCUCAUAUUUACUAUAGCUUAAAACUGGCUAAUCCCCAACCUCACUGCAAUCUCUUUCUUUUUCCUUUGUUUACAACUGGAUUAAGAAUCUCUUUGGGAUGCUUCAUUUUUCCCACGGGGUGGCAGCACUGCACUAGGCUUUUGCUUCCUGAUGGGCAUUCAUUUCCUGGAAUGCAAAGGAACAGAACAAUCUGCUGAAAAGGAAAACAAUUCUAGGUAUCUGGAUGUGAUUCCCAAGAGAGGCACACACUGUACACAGAAGGCAAUGCACAGCACUGGUGUGUGGGACUGAACCCCUCAAGGCAUGGAGCACAGGUCAUAUGAUCAGAAAUAACAACCAGCACUAAAAGGGUCAGGGCAAGAAGGCUCUUGGCCAAGGGCUGGGAAUACUUGUGCAGCUAUUUUCCCUCUACUGGAAAGAGCCAAGCCACAGUGCAAUCAAAGAUCUAAAACACUGAACAAAACAAAACAUCCUAUCAUAUGGGAUAACACCAACUUCCUCUUGUCUAGGGAUAGACAUUCAAAAAGCCUGAGCCUGAAUUGAUUCAAUCUUUGCAGGUUAGUCUAACCUGGCUAGGCUAAAUCAGUUUUGUAACCAGACAGACAUCCCAGAAAUGCAGGCACAUGUCUGCAGUGGCUCAGGCUAGAAGCCAGGGGGUGCUACAACAGCUCUCUCUUCCCUUGCACAGGGCUGAGCUGAGGUGGGGUGUAGCCAGGCCCCCCAGGACACUGUGAUUAGGGAGGGGUCUCCCCCCUUGAUAACAGAGCAUUUAUCAGCUCUGUUAUCAGCAUUUAACAUCUCAUCAGAAAACAAAGCCUCAUUCAUUACACGCCCUUCUUAAACAACUUUUUCCAAAGGAAAAUACCAGCCUCCGGCUUCUUUAUUAUUCAUUCCAUCCAGAAACAGCACACACCAACUGCAGAUGCUUCCUUAGCCUGACAAAGGGUUUUUAAACUCAAAAGCUUGCUAAGAAACAUUUUUCCAAUUAUUUAGUUGGUGUAAUCCAGGGGUAAGCAACGUUUUUUGGCCGGAGUGCUGAAAAACACCACAAUAUCUACCUUGGAAGGUGCUGGAAUGCCGGCAUGGCAGAAAAACAAAAUGAGGGCAAGAGGUAUGUGGUAGGAUGCCCUGCUUGUGCCCCUUGCCCCCCACCCAAAGCCCCUGCUCCCCAGCCCUACUGCCCCUUGACCCCCACCCAAAGCCCCUGCCCCACAGCCCAGGCUCUGUGGCUGCCAGCAGCUACCCUGGCUCUGGGUAGCUGCUGGAGCCUGGGAUGAUGCAAGCCCUGCUGGGAGCAGCCUGGGCUCUGUUGCUGGCAGCAGCUACCUUGAGCCAGGGCUGGCUGCUGUGUGCCAAGCAAAAUGGCCUUGCAUGCCACACUCAGCACGUGGGCCAGGGUUGCCAACCCCUGAUCUAAUCAAAGAUAUCAGGUUUACCCAAAGAACCUUAUCUGCCUUUUCCAAAGGAGGAAAUGCAGGGACAUUACCAUCUAAGCUGUUGAUUACCUUCAAAAAGCCCUAAAUGGACACUGUCCAAUCUGCCUUACACAGCAUUAGCUAGCAAACCACAUGCUGGCUACCGUCUGUGCUGUGGGAGAGAGGAGGGAGGGAUCUCUGCUUAAGCAGCAAGUGGUGAGGGGUGAGGGGCACAGGGAAGCCAGCAGACCCUGCUGUGCCUGUAAGUCUUCGCUGGAGCUGCAGCCAGGGAGUGGAUGGGAGGGGCCAGCUCUGCUGUGGUACAGAGAGCCCUGCCCAGCCCAGAGAGCAUGCUGGGAUGCUGGGGGUGUCUGGUUUAGUUUAAACCAGCAAAGGGUCUGGGACAGAAAUUGCAUAAACUGGUUUGAACCAAAUCAGUUAAGUCUGAUACUACAUUCAGCCAGGUUUAUCUCAAACCAAUUUCAGCCAUUUUCAAAUUGGUUUAUUGGCACUGAACAUCUGUUCUGUUAUAGGUUUAAACCAGGUUCUGAUCACUUAAACCGGUUUAUGUGUAAUGUCUGUUCCUAGCCCAGGUGCAUAUGCUCCUUCUAUUUGUCUUCUUUUCUCUUCUCUUCCUUCCUUCUUUUUCCCUUUUCCCCAGAUUGUGGGGUGUCUUGGCUCCCUGGUUGCCACCUGAGAAUUGUCUCUGUGUUGUAAAAUUUGACCACCUAGGGACUUUCACUUUGGGAUCCUCCUUUUCCAAAAGUGAAGGCCUCCUCUCCUCAGCAAGCAGAGGCAGAGUCUUUUAGGUGAGAGUAGCACAGCUUUGGCCUGUGACACUGCUGAGUAGUGACGUCUGCACAAGGGGAAGCAAUGUCAUGUGCGCCAGUAGAACGAAUGCAUUCGACACUUCACAACCACACUCUUUCCCCACAAUAAGUCCAUUAGGAGUCUUUAUUUUUCCUCCUCAACCCUUCUAGACUACCCUUUCUCCAAUUCCCAGCCUUUUCCACUAUUUUCACCCUAAUACUUUCCUACUCUUUCUGCUCCAAUGCCUCUCUGCUCUUCAGCCCCUUCCUUUCUCCACUGCUUCAGAGUGCUCCUUUCCCUUUUCAUCCCUUCCUCCCACACUUCUCCUGUUUCCUGUGCCAGGCUUGGAGCUCUGGGCAGGGAGGAGGCAGCAGCACUACGAGAACAGUACUAUGCUGCAGAUGACAAAUGCCAGAAGCUGUCAGCCCCUUAGCUAUAUAUCUCAGCAUCAAGUGAAGGGGCUGCCUUCAUAGGCUCCUUCCAACCAAAGACAUGGUCAGCCAGUUAGGAGUCCAUUUUGGUAAGCUCAAGUGGCCUACUUUUUGUACAAGGAGUAGGCAUAUCUGUACUCCAACAGCCCGGGUUAUUCUUGCCUCGCAUGUGCUAAAUGCUGGAAAAACACAAGGUAGUCACUGUGCUUGGUGCACACCACUAGGAAAAAUGGCCUGACCAAACAGCACCUACCUGACAAUUUUUUGGUACUCAGUGUGUGUGGAACAGGAACAAGCAGGCAGGGAAGCACAGAUGGGUCUGUAUAUUAAGAUAUGGGGUCUAUUUUACAAGGUCACUUUGAACAUAGCUGGGAACCUGUACAGCCCUCACUAGCCCAAGCUGAAUAGCACCCACUUCCCUCCAAGGGUGGGUACACAAGGCCUUGCUUGACAACAGACACAAGAUUAUUAAUGCUAGCUCUUAAAAAAAAGACGAGACAAGGACUCCUGGCUGUUCAGUCAUUGCUUCUUCCUUUAGGACAAAGUGCUAUCACCUGCAAUGCAGAAACUUUCUUGUGUUCCCUUACGACCCCCAGAAUCCUCCACUGUUUUUGCUCACAGCAUCAUCCAUGAUGAAAGAUAAAGGAAUACUGUAGCUGAGCUCAGACCACUGCUUUUCUUUUUUCCUACCUCCUUGCUGUAAAGUCUCCCUCGAGGGGAUUUUUUUCUAUUUUUGCUUGUAGGGACAAAACUUCCAAACACCACUGCCUGGAUGUGCAGCCUCUAGCUUUUCCUGCUAGUGAGGAGAAUGCACCCCAAUCAGGUCAUACCACCAUCAGCCCGAAAGGCCAGGGCUGUGAAAUUUUGUUGUUUAGUACAUUGUACCAUGUUGGCAAGAAAAUCAAUAUGCUGUCAUUGAACAAAUAAGCCAGUUGUUCAGAUAAAAAAUCUGCCAAACACUAAUUCAUUUCUUACUAUAUUUAGUAGAAAAAAAAUAAACUAUUUUCAGCAA